ACAACAAAAUCUAGCUGUUGUUUUCUAUUAUUAAUUGUAAUUGAAUUAUUUAAAUACCAAUUAACUGUUUUAAAAAGCAAAUAAUUCGUUAAUUAAGAUUAAAAAUGUCGCGAAAAAGAGAUAUAUCGAGAGAAGAAAUCGCCAAACAAUUCCUGCUGCCCGAACGCCAGUCCAAAAUCGACACGCUCCUGAAGCAAGACGGCCAAGCCUACUGCAUCUGUCGAUCAUCGGACUCCUCCAGGUUCAUGAUAGCCUGCGAUGCCUGCGAAGAAUGGUACCACGGCGACUGCAUAAAGAUCUCCGAAAAGGAGGCGAAGCUCAUCAAGCAGUACUACUGCGUCCGAUGCAAGGACGAGGACCCCACCUUGGUCACCCGAUGGAAGUCGAAGCGCGAGCACGAGGAGUCCCUGUACGCGCCCCCCGACGAUCGCCGGUUCAAGAAGCGCCGCGAGCGCGCCGAGAACAAGACCGACAAGAAAACGAAGAAGUGCGGCGAGUGCAUGGGGUGCUACCGCACGGAGGAUUGCGGAAGGUGCGACGUCUGCACGAGGAAGAACCGGCACGGCUCGUCGAAGAACAAGGAGCGCUGCAAGCAGAGGAUAUGCGUCAACGCUUUGGGCGGGAGUAGAAGGAAGCGAAGGGAGUCGAGUUCGGAUCGCGAUCAAUCGCACAACGAUCACCUGAAGACCGAUUAUCCCAGGCAAUGUUAUGGCCCCAAAUGCGUGAACAGCGCCCGCUUCGGUUCGAAGUACUGCUCGGAUCAGUGCGGCAUGAAUUUGGCCAGGAACAGGAUCCUGCAGGUGUUGCCGCAACGUUUGCAGGAAUGGGCGCUGAGUCCCUCUUUGGCCGAAGGCCACAACAUCAAAGCUCUGGAUCAGGUGAGAAAACAGAAGAUCGAAGUCCAACAGAUCCUGCAGGAGUUGGACAAGCGCCACAAGGAAUUGGACUUUAUCAUCGAGCGGGCCAAGCACGCCAACAUCGAUCCGAAUCAGGAGAACGAUUGCGAAGAUGAUUCCGAGAUAUCCACUUAUUGCGUAACCUGCGGUCACGAAAUCCAUUCUCGUACGGCCAUUAAACACAUGGAGAAAUGCUUCAACAAAUACGAAUCGCAAGCUUCGUUCGGGUCCAUUUUCAAAACCAGAAUCGAAGGUAACAACAUGUUUUGCGACUUUUACAAUUCGGUCAACCGGACCUACUGCAAACGUUUGAGGGUGUUGUGUCCGGAGCAUUGCAAAGAUCCCAAAAUAGGCGAAUACGAAGUGUGCGGUUGCCCGUUGGUGACCAACGUGUUCUCGCCCACCGGCGAGUUUUGCAGGGCCCCCAAGAAGUCUUGCACCAAGCACUUCGUGUGGGAGAAACUCCGCAGGGCCGAGAUCGAUUUGGAACGGGUGCGUCAGUGGAUGAAGAUGGACGAGCUGAUGGAGAAGGAGCGCCAGAUCAGGAGCAGCAUGGCCAGCAGGGCGGGAGUGCUGGCUCUGAUGUUGCACAGCACGUACAAUCACGAAUUGAUGGAGAGAUUGUCGGCGGUGCAGGAUUUGCAGAACAAGCAGAGGGAAAAGCAUCCGAAAUCCAGAUAUACUUAGUAGUAAAUUUACUGUUCUAAAGGAACGAAAUCGGCUAUUAAAAACAAACGGCGAGUUUAUACUAAUACAAUUAAAGACUCGAUUACUUUUGUUACUUUAUUUCUGCAAAAUGAUG